AUGGAGGAGGAAGCAAAAAAACAAAGAGGAACUGCGAAGUUCAGUCCCUCUCGACUAGCAGUGAGCGGAGGAAGUAAAGGGGGAGUCGUAAGAGGCGGUGUCAACAGCCUGCUGAUGAAAGAGGCGACUUUGCAGAAAGAGGUGGAGGAUGGAGAUGGGGCAGCCCACUCUGCCGGGGAAGAAGCGAAGCCUUCACUGCAUAAAUUAGAGGAAGCAAUUUCAGAUCAACGAAAUCUCCAGACUAUAAAUACCGAGUUAGUGAACACUUGCCAGACACUUGGGCAGAAGACAAGAAAACCGAAAAAUGCCUUGCAUCUGGAUAGUCUUACAGCAAUUCCAAGGCUAGAAUUGACACCUUUCUCAUGUGUGGCCAACCUAAUCCAUGCUUCACGUGAAAGGCCCAGAUAUGAAGAAAUAGAGGAUGGUGCUUUGGCUGUGACUGAAAGACACAAGGAAUAUUCGACCCUACCAUCUCCUGGUCACACUUCAUCCACAGAGAGUACUGUAACUUCAAGUGAUUCCGGAUCAGAAAUUUUGCAUAUGGCUUCUGGUGAGCUUGACUGUAAACCACUCUGUGAGAAAGAGGAAGACAAAAGAUCAGCUUCUGCUGUGACAAAGAUCCAAGGCAGAAGUCCAGCUCCUGAAAAAAUUGAACUGCAAGGCUCUGUGAGUGAAGAAAAAAGCAUUAUGAAUUUAGAAGCCAAAAGGGAGCCAGAAACAAUAGAUGAGCACAGAAAGGAAUGUGCCGCAGGAGGUGCUGCUCUUUCCUCUCUUCCUGUGAAGUCGGUUAACUUUAGACAAAGUGACAACACUUCUGCUAAUGAGAAGGAGGUAGAGGCCGAAUUUCUCAGAUUAUCUUUGGGAUUUAAAUGUGACUGGUUCACCUUGGAGAAAAGAGUGAAGCUUGAAGAAAGAUCCCGUGACUUGGCCGAAGAAAAUUUGAAGAAAGAAAUCACUAACUGUUUAAAACUGUUAGAGUCUUUAGCGUCUCUUUGUGAAGAUGACAGCCAAGCGCAGGAAAUCGUUAAGAAGCUGGAGAAGAGUGUCACGUUCCUGAGCCAGUGUGCAACACGAGUGGCCAGUAGGGCCGAGAUGUUGGGAGCCAUUAAUCAGGAAAGCCGGGUUAGUAAAGCAGUUGAAGUGAUGAUUCAGCAUGUAGAAAAUCUGAAGAGGAUGUAUGCCAAAGAGCAUGCUGAAUUAGAAGAACUGAAACAGGUUCUUUUGCAAAAUGAAAGGUCUUUUAACCCUCUUGAAGAUGAAGAUGACUGCCAAACUAAAAAACGUUCUUCUUCUGUAAACUCUAAGCCAUCUUCUCUUCGAAGAGUGACCAUUGCCUCUUUGCCUAGAAAUAUUGGAAAUGCAGGAAUGUUGGCUGGGAUGGAAAAUAAUGACCGAUUCAGUAGGAGGUCAAGCAGUUGGUUAGACACAAUACUUAUUUACAGAACUAAAGAUGACUUAGAACCACCUGAAGAAGAAACAGUAGAAAAGACAAGAAAGUCAAGUCUUUCUGAAAAGAAAACUAAUCCAUCAAAAUGGAAUGUCUCUUCAAUUUAUGACACAUUAGCUUCCUGGGCAACAAACCUCAAGACUUCCAUCAGAGAGGCCAACAAGGCGCUCUGGCUUUCUGUGGCAUUCAUUGUACUGUUUGCAGCGCUGAUGAGCUUCUUCACAGGCCGAUUUUUCCAGAAGCCCGUGGACGCUGCCCCCACACAGGAUGGGGACCCCUGGAUGUCUCUAGAACACAUCUUGUGGCCAUUCACCAGACUCCGACACAACGGGCCCCCGCCAGUGUGACUGCAGCACAUCCUAAUGUGUGUAUCUUGAUUUUUAAAGUUUCAGUAUCUGAACUUUGUACAUUAGUAACUUUUAGCUGGGAAAUUACAGAAUGGAACCAGAGGUUCUCAGAAUGACUGUAAGAUAUUUUAUAUUCCCUCUUUUUGUGAUUACCUUCCUAACUAAAAUGCAGUGGGGAGGAAGCCUACUUAUAUGAUUUUUUAAUGAGCUUUCUGAGGAGGAGAUAUUAUUGUUUGUUAAAAUUUAUUGAAAUAAAGAACCAUUCAAAUCUA